CCUCCCAUACAUAAAAAGCAUCUCCAAACACCAAGAACUAGCUAGGAAACUCUUGUUUAGCUAGCAAGAUAUACCUGUCAGUGAAGCAAUGAGCUUCCUACUGAAGACUAGGAGUGAAUCCAACCAGCCGAGAUCGCCGUCUUCUGAAGAACUUAAGGAAAAGAUAGUUGAGGUCCGGGAGCUGCUGGGAAGCCUGACAGAGGAGAUGCCAGAAUUCUUGUCGGAUGCCACCAUCCGCCGCUUCCUGCGAGCAAGGAACUGGAGCACGGAACAAGCGACCAAGUCGCUCCAGGAAACUGUCAAGUGGAGGCGUCAGUACAGGCCUGAAACCAUUUGCUGGGAAGACAUUGCUGAGAAGGAGUACGAGGGUAGAAGAGCAUAUAUAACUGACUACCUUGAUGCCAAAGGAAGAUGUGUCCUAGUCACAAAGCCGACAAUUAAGCAGGCGAAAGUUUCAGGGAAGGAACAGAUCAAAUACUUUGUGUAUCUCCUAGAGAGUUUGGCUAUGAAUUCAGAGGAUGAACAAGAAGAACAUGUUACAUGGCUGUUAGACCUCAGAGGCUGGGCUAUAUCAAGCACACCAUUAUCGACCUCCCGUGAAUCCAUGCACAUAGUUCAGAACUACUACCCAGGGAUGAUUGCAGUAGCAAUACUAAGCAACACUCCAAGGAUUUUUGAAUCUUUCUGGAAGAUUCUAAAGCACUUCCUAGAAGCAAAGAUGAAUGAGAAGGUGAAGUUUGUGUAUACUAAUAAUCCAGAGAGCCACAAGAUAGUGUCUGAAAUGUUUGACAUGGAUAAGCUGGAGACUGCAUUUGGGGGCAGAAAUUCACUUACAACUGAUAUGGACAGUUAUGCUGAGAGAAUGAGGAGGUCAGAUCUUGCACGAGGAGCUCUAAGCAAGCAACCUCACAUAAAUGUGGUUACUGGACAUAACUGAAUCUUUAUUCUCCAUGGAGAAUAAUGUAUGGACAUUCCUCAAAAUGAUACAGCUAACGAAGAACAAGAAGCUACCCUCAAAAAGAAGAAAAAUAGGAACAGCCAAGAACCCAGAAAACUGUGUUCUCGCCUUAGCUGCUUUAUAGUAUGUUGUAUCAAUUGAUCUCAAUAAUUAUGGGCUUCAAAUGCGAAUGAUCAAACCAGUUAACCUUACAGUAUGUUUAUCAGAUUA